AUGCCUAACGCCAACCACGACAACGCUGAGCAGAACACGGAUCAGAACAGCAACUUGAGCCCCAACAUCCAAGCCAUCAUUAGUAAGAUCCCUCCAACUACGGACAAUGACCCAAUCCUAAUGGACGCCCAGGAUUGUCCGGACGGCCAGAUUCCAAACCCGGAUGCUGCUCUUGACGACGGUGGCGAAUGGUAUCCAGCCUGUGCUCCCCGAAAACGUCGGUACAAGGAAACAUCCAGUCAAGACUCAGAAAAAGACGCUCCCCGGACCGAAAGCCUCACCGUAAUAUUUGUGCCAACAAAAGAAGGUGACCGCAUCAGCAGUCUGAGCAGCCUAAAUCUGUCAGACGGUUUAGAUUUUCUCUGCCCCGAGUGCAUUGACCAAAUCAGACCAAAUGUGCGUGUCACAGUCGAAGGUGUGAUCAAGAACGUCGACGUAGUACAUCCUGAAACAAAAAUUGCUGGACGACUGCGGUCUGAUACGGAAAUCGCUCGAGUGUUUGAAUUCUCCUCGACGCGUUGGGCGGCGAACUACAGAGUGAUGCAGAUUGCACGAGAGGAGUUAUCGCAGGAGAUCCUGGUGAUGCAGAGGUCCGUCCCAUGCCUCAUGACGGCUACUUUCGGUACUAACUUCGCCACUCAUCCCUCCUAUGUCUUUCUCAACAAGCCCGCCCACCUUCUCCUGGAGUCUUCUUGGAAGCUUAUCCUCUCCAACGCAACCGCAAAAAAGCGAGCUAAUCAGAACCCCGCGCUGGUCCCUUCUAUCAACCUCUCCGACACCACCCUUUCGGCACAAGCUGAGGCAGUUCUCUCAAGAGGUCCCAAGUUUGCCCCCGCGUAUGAGCUGUCGCGAAUUGACCAGCUGGCUACUGUCCACCAGGUCGCCUCAAAAAUCCCUGAACUUGAACGACAGGAUUUCCUCGCGACGGGUUUGCGAGUGGCGUGCAGAUACGGGAGGGCUCCACCUUCAAAACUGGAGUUUUUGGAGGUAGUUGACGAGCUCAGGCGUUCAGAGCUGAAACUCCUGGAGUCUGACAGGAUGGGUGUGUUCGUUGUUAUGACCGCCGGGGACUUC